UCUGGCCCUUUGCAAAGAAAUUCCUGGGCUGCCUCAUAGGCGCAGCAUGUCCCCAGGUGGAAGCUUCGCAGCCUUGGCCAUCAGCAUUCUGGAAUUAAGCGCUCUGGCUGUGGGGCCCACUCCCAGUGAAGAGCCGAUACCAGAAGAUGGCUCUCCAUUACCCAUAGACUGCAGAAUGAGCCCCUGGAGCGAAUGGUCAAAGUGUGAUCCUUGCCUCCAACAGAGAUUUCGCUCACGCAGCAUUGAGGUCUUCGGGCAAUUUUCUGGGAGACGCUGUGUUGACUCUCUGGGAGAUCAGCAGCAGUGUGUGCCCACGGAGGCUUGUGAGCAGGCUCAGGACAACUGUGGAGUUGACUUCCAGUGUGGUACAGGCAGGUGCAUAAAGAAGCGACUUCUGUGUAAUGAUGACAAUGACUGCGGAGAUUUUUCAGAUGAGGACAAUUGUGAAGCUGAUCCGCGCCCUCCCUGCCGAAACCGAGUCGCGGAGGAAUCUGAAAUGGCUCGGACAGCAGGCUUUGGAAUCAAUAUUUUAGGGAUGGAUCCCCUAAGCACACCUUUUGACAACGAAUUCUAUAACGGACUCUGUGACCGGGUUCGGGAUGGAAAUACUCUGACGUACUUCCGAAGACCUUGGAAUGUGGCCUCUUUGUUCUAUGAAACCAAGGCUGAUAAAAAUUUCAGAACUGAAAAUUAUGAAGAACAUUUUGAAUUAUUCAAAAAUAUCAUCCAAGAGAAGACAUCAAAUUUUAAUAUGAAUUUUGCUCUAAAAUUCACACCCACUGAAACAAAUGUACAUGCCAAGAAACUUGACUUUAUGGAAACAAAUUCCUCACAUUCUCUAAAACCCUUGGCAAACUUUCAAUUUUCAUAUUUCAAAAAUGAAACUUAUCAGCAGUUGUUGUCAUAUUCUUCAAAGGCGGAAAAGCUCUUUCUGCGUGUGAGAGGCGUCAUUCAGCUGGGCAGGUUCACCAUGAGACCUCGGGAUGUUGUGCUGACGACAACGUUCAUAGAUGACCUGAAAGCUCUGCCAACCACCUAUGAGAAGGGAGAAUAUUUUGCCUUUCUGGAAACCUAUGGAACCCACUACAGCAGCUCUGGAUCUCUGGGAGGACUCUAUGAGCUGAUAUACGUUUUGAAUAAGGCUUCCAUGGGCGAGAAUGGUAUUGAACUGAACGAUAUAAAGAGAUGCCUUGGGUAUAAUCUGGAUAUAUCUCUAAGUACCCCUGGAAUGGAUGGUGGACCUGAAUUGAAAGGAGGACUUAAUAAAAAUAAUUGUAUAAAGAGGGGUGAUAUUAAAACUGUAAACAUCACCCGUGGUAACCUCAUUGAUGAUGUCAUUUCACUUGUAAGAGGAGGAACCCUGCAGUCUGUACUUCAAAUGAGAGAAAAGGUUCUCAAAGGAUCGCAGGUGAUCGACGUGACGGACUUUGUAAAGUGGGCCUCUUCCCUCCAUGAUGCUCCCGUCCUCAUCAGUCAGAAACUGUCUCCCAUUCACAGUCUGGUUCCUGUGAAAAUGAACAAUGCAUACUUAAAGAAAAGAAACUUGGAAAGAGCCAUUGAAGACUAUAUUGAUGAAUUCGAUGUGAAAAAAUGCCAUCCAUGCCAAAACGGAGGCACAGUGAUCCUGAUGGAUGGACAGUGCGUGUGUUCCUGCCCACUGACGUUUAAGGGAAUUGCCUGUGAAAUCCAUAAGCAAAAAUGAUAUUAAGAUGAAAGGAGGCCUGAGCUGGACGGAAAGAACAAAUGGACCCCACCAGGACUAUCCAUUCCACCCGACUCUGGAGAGCAUCCUUGCUGCCAAGUGACAAGCGGCAUGCCUCAUGGAGAUCUGAAGUCUUUCUCUGAGAUCCACAAUGCCUUUUUCCCCUUCCACUCUGUAAGGCUUCCAUUUGCUAGCCCCUAAUGAAUAGUCAGCAGUGAAAUAUGCCAGGCUGCUUUUUCCCACAGGCAAUGCCAAUCUCUUGUUAAUAAAACAAAAUUAAAUUAAAAACAGAAUGUUGGUUUAAAAGGC